AUGCGAGAGAAGACGUACGAUUUCGAUCACGUCUUUGGUCCAGAGGCCGAUCAGGGUAUGGUGUACCAGAAUGUCGUGGGCCCGAUUUUGGAUGAGGUGUUGUCUGGCUACAAUUGCACCAUCUUUGCAUAUGGUCAGACUGGCACCGGAAAGACCCACACUAUGGAGGGCGACUUGACCUCUCAAAUGGGCACAUACUCGACAGAAGCUGGUAUCAUUCCUCGCACGCUCUAUCGACUCUUUCACACGCUCGAGCUACAACGCAACGAGUACAGCGUUCAUGCAACCUUUAUGGAGCUGUACAACGAGAAGCUGCGCGACCUCUUGUCCAGCGAUGCUCCCGUUUCCCUGGAGGGCAACAAGGAUGCGGGUCUGAAGAUGUACGAAACUGAGAACGACAAAGCUCGAAGUGGCGUCUUCAUCGAAGGUAUGAGCGAUUCACCCGUGGUCGAUGCCGAAGCGGGACUGAAGCUUUUGCAAAAAGGAAGUCAGAAGCGUCAGAUCGCAGCUACAAGAUGCAACGAGCAGUCGAGCCGCUCGCAUUCCAUCUUCACACUGACCGUGCAUAUCAAGGAAACGACGCCCAAAGGUGAAGACGUGAUGCGGACGGGCAAGCUGAACCUCGUAGACUUGGCCGGCUCGGAGAACAUUGGUCGAAGUGGAGCGCAAAAUAAUCGCGCUCGAGAAGCGGGCAUGAUCAAUCAGAGUCUGUUGACGCUCGGCAGAGUCAUCAAUGCGCUGGUGGAGAAGACGCAGCAUGUGCCUUACAGAGAGUCGAAGUUGACUCGCAUCCUCAAGGAAUCUCUUGGAGGUCGCACAAAGACUUGCAUUAUUGCCACAGUCUCGACGGAGCGCUCCAACGUUGAAGAGACGCUGUCAACAUUGGACUACGCUCUGCGUGCCAAGUCCAUCAGGAACAAGCCAGAGAUGAACAGGCGCAUGACCCGGGCAGGUCUGAUCAAAGACUAUGUGCAGGAGAUCUCGGUGCUCAAGAGGGAUCUGGUCGCUGCGCGCGAAAAGGAAGGCUUCUACCUGAGCAACGAGAGCUACAAAGCAAUGAACGACGAGCUGGACGUCAAAAAGGCCGAGACGGACGAUCUGCGCAGGGAGAGAGAAGUGGAGCAGAGCAGAAUGGAAAGCUUGAGAGAGCAGCUCUCGCAGAACAUGCAGCUGCUCGUCAAGAGGGAUGGAGAGACGAAAGCUGCGAAAGCUGAUUUUGCCGCUCAGUCUGCGGAACUGGAACGCACCCUCAAGCAGGUCGACGAGCUUGUCAGAGCAGAGGACGAGGAACGAACGCUCAAAGAGGCUUAUGCUAGAAGCGAGCGCAAACUUCAUGAGGCCGCGUCUGGUUUGAAUCACCUGCUCGGUGAGAGCACGGCGGACGUGAACGGUCUGUUUGCCAAGAUAGAGCGCAAAGAAGGCGUGGAACAAGCGAAUCGUGCCCUGCUCGACCAACAUCAAGGCUCGCUAGCAAAGCUGGCAGAUGCAGUCCAAGCGCGCGUCUCCGAGUAUCGACAGCAUCAUGAUCAAUCAACUCAGCGUUUGGUGCUCGAGCUGGAAGGCUUCGUGUCGAGGCAGGGGAAGACGGUCGGGACCACUGCUGCUCAUGUCGAUCAGCGCAUUGAAGCUUUGGCUUCUGCUGCUGCCGCUCUCCGCGAUCAGCAAGGAGCUUCGCAGACGGUCAUUGGCGAGAUUACGCAGGAGAUCGAGGCGACCCGGCAAGCACUGAAGCAAGCUGCCGAGACGAAUGUUGUUGCGCUAAAAGAGCGGGCAGCCGAGCUGUCGCAGCAUAUUGUGGACGGCCAGGCCGCAGCUUUUGAAAAGGUCCGAUCUAGCUUGACUGGUAUGUCUCAGAUCGCCGGCGACAUGUUCAUCGCGGCCAGAGAGCAUAACGUUGCUCAUUCGGAACAAAUCAGCAAGCUGCGGUCUCAUGCAGAAGACAGGGCUGAGUAUGAGGCGCAGUGCCUCAAGGAUCAGAACGCCCGACUGGCAAGCAUGCUCGACGAGGCGACGCUUGCAAUGGACCAGAUGAAAGCGGGGCUCAUCACAAAUGUGACACAAUGGCUCGAGCAGGCCACAGCGAAGCACAAGACGAGCCUGACGAAGAGCACGGAGCGCGCUCAAGAUGAGAGCCGGCAGCUAGAGCAGUCGAGGGCGGCAUACUUUUCAGAGCACGAUCAACAUUUGCGAGACUUCGUCGAAGCAGGCAACUCGCAUGUCGGAUUCCUGACCGAUCAGGAGAAGACUUCGAGAAAGUUGUUCAAGAAAGGCACCAGCUUUUUGGACAGGGGGAUCAAGAGCACCGAGGAUGGCCUUUCUACCAUGCAGUCUGAGCUUGGCGAAGGCUUUGACGCACACAUUGCUAGCCUGGAUGAGAAAUCGGGAGUGCUCAACAGCGCAGCUGAUCAAUUACGGGAGCAAGCAGAGUCUUCUUGUGUUGCCCAGCAGAAUGGCCUCCAACAGCUCGCAGACGAUGUCGCAACGUCUUACCGCGGCAUGCAAAGUACGCUGCAGGACUCAUUGCAUGACACCACGCAGACGUCUGCAAGCGCGCUUUUCUCCCAGCUCAAUGCAGCUCAGACCGCCCAGCGCAAUUAUACUGCCAAGGUGGACGAGAAUCUUUCAAGCAUGCGCUCAGAAGUCUCCUCUUUGCUCGACCGGGCAGCUACGGAUGUGCCGACUGGCGCCACGCCUCAAAAACGUGACUGGCCAGCCACAAAGGACUGGAAGCUGGUGCCGACCAACCGAGGCAAAGCGCUGGUGCAACACCGUCAGCGCGUCGAAGCCGCGGAGCAUGAGGGCGUCACGUCGCUCUCGAUCGUCUACUCCGAGAGCGAAGCGGGAGGUAGCACCUUGAAUGAGCAGGACGAGGGCGAUGACAUGGAAGGGGACAAUUCGAUCAUUGCGGACAUGAGAGGUCAAGACAGCGACGAGACGUUGCGACCUGUCCGGAAGACCAGGACAUCGCAAGCUUCGCGAGGAAGCAACGGCAGUCAGGCAUCUGCAUCGUCGGCCGCGAUGACCCGCAAGACUUCCGAUCGCGAGGCGCCGUCAGCUCGGACUUCUGUGGUAUCUGCCUCUGCGGAUCAGCCCUCGGUCACCACACGGGGCGUGCUGCGAACCGUGAAUGCCAAUGCGAAUGCCCAGCCGCAAACGGGUGCGGCACCUACCAAGCCAGACGUCAUCAAAGAGCUGACCAAAAGACCUGCAAGCGUCGCUCAAUCUCGGCCGAAGCGAGUCAGGCAAUAG